GGUGAGUACAGUAUUGCUUGCUGACCGUGACGUCAUAUGGAUGUGACGGCUCAGAAUGGUUAGCUUCCUUACUAGCAUACAAGUUGUAACCGAAUGAACAGGUGGAGAGGAAUACCAGUAGCUGGUUCAGUGUGAGUUGUCAUGCCAACCAGAGGCAGAAGCAAAAGAAGGAAGUCGUGUGGCACUGUGACGCAGACUUUGGAGAGGGUGUCUGUUGAGAUCUCAUUUGAACAUGCACAGAACUCAGGUUCGACACAAACAUCCUGGAAAGAGCCUUGUCAACAGCAAUUUUCCCCUUCUGCCAUCCUCCAUACCCACAACACAGACAGUGCUCUGAGCCAUUGCUACUCACCGAGCACAAACCAGGACCAGUACCCCUGUGGCGAAUCCUUUGCCACUCCUCAGACACAAGGUCUCCGUCAACGGUGCCAUAAUAGGGAGAUACUCCUCAGCUGCACCCAAUGCUCCAAAUCCUUUUCAGGGCAGGCAAACUACCGGCGUCACAUCCUGGUCCACACAGGUGAGCGCCCCCACUGUUGUCCAGUCUGCAGCCGUGGCUUCAGCCAGAUGGGAAAUCUGCAGCGGCACAUGAAGAUCCACUCGCGAACGAGAGCUUCUCCAGCUCCUGCCCUCCUCCUCCAGAGCGAAGUCAACGAGCAUUUGAAGCUAGGGGAAUGUGAGGAGAGAAAAUCUUUUUUCUCAUUGGACCAAGAGGGCCAGGACUCCUCUGCCAUGGAUAGUAGCCUAGCUGAAAUUCUGGCCCCGCUGAGGUCAGAGUUGAACAGGAUCGGGCUUAUUGCAGAGCAUGAAGGGUCCUCCCCCACUGUGCUUGUGCUGAGUAAUGUCGCAUGUGGAAAUUCUGAACUAGAACAACCUGCGGUAGGGCUAGGAAAAGGCCUAUACAAUUGCCCCAAGUGCAGUCGUCAGUUCACUUGCAAGUCCCACUUAAACCGUCACUGGAAGGUCCACACAGGAGAGAGGCCUUAUAGCUGUCCAGUGUGUGGCCGCAAAUUCAACCAGGAGUCUAACUGCCAGAGGCAUCAGCAGUUACAUCUGCACCAAGGAAGACUGAACAAGAGGGGCAGCCUGCUUUUAGUCGACACUGGAAUUGUGGGAAAUCAAACGGAAGGUGAACUUGAUCUUGGGGAAACCUGCAGAGCAGCUGAAUCUUUGUGCAAGCUUAGUUUGGAUGAACUUAACAUGGGAGGGGAGGAAACCAAAGAAAGAGACAGAAUAGCAGAAGACAGCAUGCAGAGGCACCAAAGUGCCACUACAACUGCCACGUGCCAAAACCUGGAUUCAGUGACAGAGAUGGGCCAAGAGAUACCACUACAGGAUCAGCAAUGUUUUGUUUCCCUCCAGGGGAAUACAGACCUUGCUCAGCAAGAUCCACUCUGUGGGAUUUCACCUCCGGCUCAACUGACCCAAAACUGCAACUCAUUCUCUUUGGGCAGAGCUGACGGGCAGGCCAGUUCUUCCACAGUCCUCAUCGAUUCAGAUCGGGAAUUAACAACAGAGAUUGGAAUCAAAGGAAUACAAGAAAGUGAGAGAGGCAAGGAAAUCCCACAGAUGCCUGCAGUGGAUGUGUCAACAGGGGAUAGAACAGAGGUAUGCGUUAGUCUUGAGCCGGAGCAGUCUGACCGGGGAGCAAUGGAGGCCUGUGAAGAGGAAAUGACUGAGAAGGAUGACGGGACAGAAGGGGAGAGGUGCAGAAGAGGAGAAGGGGAGAUUAUGGAGAAAAUUGACCAGGAGAGAGAACAAGAAGAGGUCUGCCUAAAUACAAAUGAGCCUCAGGUGCAAACCAUCAACUGCCCGCUGUGUGGACUGGCCGUUAGCACUUUGUCCUGUUUGGAACAGCACCUUAAGACCCAACAUCCAAAUGUGGUCAUCACCUUAGACGUGCUGAGUCCAGGUGUUAAUUCAAGUGUGAAAGCAAUAGGUACAUCUGUUUCAGACACCCAGUGUCUUCAUUGCGGACGCAAUUUCUCCUCCCGGUCCAAUCUGAAGAAGCACAUGUUGGUACACUCAGGAAGACGGCCCUAUAGCUGCCCUGAUUGUGGCCAGACCUUCAACCAAUCAGGCAAUGUUUUGAGGCAUCAGCGCUCACAUCACCAUGGCCACCAUAAGGCAAGCAACCAGGGGGAGGCAACAAUGACGAGCCAGAGGAAGACCAGGAAAAGUUCACAGAGGCUGAGAGUUACUAGAAAAGAGAGCACAGAUCCUGAGGGCCUGGGUAACGCACCUGCUGGGCAGUCUGCUGUUAGAGCCCAGUUUCUGUGUUACAUGUGCGGACGUGGCUUCCUAUCCCAGGACAGCCUGGAGAUCCAUGAACAGGGCCACAGAAAGGAGAGGCCCUACCGCUGCCCGCACUGCAACAGAGGCUUUGCCCACGUGCAAAACUUUUCCCGCCACCUGCUGGUGCACACGGGUGAGAAGCCCUGGCACUGUAGUGACUGUGGGCGUUGCUUCAACCAGGCCUCCAAUCUCAACCGACACUGCCGCACACAGGGCCACCAGGGUGCCGCAGCUGAGCAUACAGGAGAAUAGCACAGAAGGUAAACGAGGGGGAGAUGAGCAGUAAAAAUAUGACAGAAUGCCACACAUUCAUUAUCUGGAGGAUCAUAAUUUAAUUGAGAAAAGCUGGGAGAAAGGGUGGAUCCUGUUCAUACUGGAUCAGUUAGGGGUAGUCACAUCUUAAAUUUGGGUCAGUUCUUUUCAAGUUAGUCUCCAUUUUAUGUUGUUCUGUGACAUUUACAAGCUUAUGCGAAUGGACAUCUCUGACAUAAAAGAGAUGAAAGUUCAUACACAACCAUCUCCAUAUGAUCAUUCUUAUUUCUUCAAAAUAAAAUGUCCACAUUGUCAGUUGUGAAGAAUUCAUAUUGACACGGAUGACAAUUUUCCUAUUUGCUCUGCCAUUCUUUAUAUUGUCCAACUAAAAACAGGUUAAACAAUUCAGGUUGCACAACU